UGGAAUCAUGAAAUUCAUUUCCUGUUAAUUAUAGCUGUUGACCGCAGAAUUAAUUUGAUUUGACUACGCCUACCCCUUAGAUUUUUAUGGAAGAUGAGCGAAUACCUCCUCGUACCUCCCAAUGAAAGCUGUUGAUGCGUUAGCCAGUUUGUCGGGCAAGCUCUCCAUUGCCAUAACACCCUGUCUUGGAACUAUAGUGAAUGAGCUUUAUGCUGAGAGACUGAUAGUUUUUGAAUUUAAAGAUGAACUGAUUAAUGGCGAAGGAACAAAUGCGAAGAAAGCAAACAAGUUGGUGACUGAAUUGGAAAGAUCACUAAAGGUUGAAGAUGAACCUGAACAAGUAUUACAGAAACUGUGCUCAGUGUUAAUGAGACAUAAUGAACCCCAGCUUACACAAAUAGCAAAAAGACUAUUAUCAAUAGCAGAGAUUGUUAUUGUUGACUUAAAGACUCAGAAUGAUAGAAAAGAGAAAACUAGCGAAGUCAAACAUGAGAAGUUUCUUCGUAAAGGUUCAUGUAGCUCUAGAAUGAUGUGUUUCACAGUUGUACUGACAUUUCUGGUCGCAAUAGGUAGUGUAGUCCUUCAUUAUACCUUUUCACCAACUAUUGAAACUCAGCUCAAUCGUACAAAGAAAGACGAUAUUCAUCAAAAGCCCAGUCUUGAAAGUCGUAUAUGGAUGAGUGGCGAAACUGGAAAAGAUGUUGUUGACUUGUGCAUUCAAAAUCUUCAUGAGUCAGGAAUUUUUCCAGAUGACCAUGGUCUAAUGCGUAGAAUAGCUCAUGUAAUGUCCAAUGAUGGCAAUCCACCAUUUCAAUUACACACUGAUGGUGGGAUAUGGCAAGUGAGCUUGUUUGCUUUCAGUGAUACUCAUGAUACAAAAGCUCACAUUCGCCUUGGCAGAAAGUAUGGAGCAAUCAUGAAACAUUUUGGUAUAGAUUGGAGAAAAGUAGAGAGGACUGAUCUUGCCAUUCCCAUGUACUCGGCUAUUGCUGCUAGACUUUACCUAAGCAAUUUUGCUGAAUUUAUUCCUCCAGAAUAUAGUUUUGAAGAACAAGCUGAUUACUGGUGGCUUAUAUACAUGAAAGAUCAUGAGUCAAAACGGUUUAUGGCACGCAAGGAAUUUAUUGACACUGUAAAAGCUUUAAACAGGCUGCAGCACUCUGUAGUUUCAUCUCACAAGCCUAAAAAUUUACCUGAUUUUGAGGAAUCAAGUUCAGCAGUGUUGCCCCAAGAGAAAUUAAACAUAACACAUUUAUCUGAUGUCAAGCAAAAGUUACAGUCCAUUUACUUUCCACACUCAAAAUGGACCGAGUUAUGUUUAAACUUAGGAUUGUACAAGCACACACUGGAUACUAUAAGUGAUAACUUUUCAAAAGAUGCAAGUCGCUGUCUCACUGAGUGUUUAGCAAAAUGGCUAAAGGAGCAAGAUGGUGUCAGUAGUAAGGAAGGAGGUGCUUACUGGUCUUCUUUAAAAAGAGCUGUAGAGAAAACUGAAGAAAAAUGGAACUAACAAGAUAAGAUACAAAGCUGCAUGUUUGUAUUUCACUUUUUAUGAGUUUAUAAUUUCUCAUUAUGUAGCAAAGCUUUCCUUUACAUUUUGAUUUAGGUGUACUGUAUUGCAUUUGCAUGCAGAUAUGAAAAUCUGACUAUUUACUUCUAAAAAUUUUUUUUUGAUUUUAAAAUUGACUGCCUAUGCAACUGAAUUUUUGUUACAUUGCAUGUCAAAAUGUGUUUCAGUCCUUCAAAAUGUUCUGUCUCCGCAAACCAAUUAUGAUUUUUAAACGGCAUGUUUUUGGUGGUGCCUCCAAACCUACACUUACCCACAUCAACCUGCCUAGAAGUUGACUGUCCUUAAUUGAAUAGACUGAAAUUUUUGAGACCAGUUUCAAGUCAAUACAUAAUGGUCAUUAUAUUAUUGUCUCGUGUACAUGUACUUUCCUCCCUCUUUUUCAUUUUCCCUUUCUCUCCUAUUUUGUUGAAAUACACGUACAUGUACAUUAUACAUGUAUAAUGGUCAAAUGUACGUGUAGGUCGGCAUUUCCCAAAAUUGCCACAAAGCUAGCUAAGAGAGCUAAACAGCAUUUGUAAGAAUCCAUUUAAUUGGAAUCAGAUCAAAUUUGAUACAUAACAUAAGAACAUGCAUAUGAAUCAGAAAGGAUACAAAUGUAGAAUUCUUUCUUCAUUGAUUUAAUGAAAAUUGGCAUAACACCAAAGGCUAUUGUAGUUUUUGGCCAUUGGCUAGAUUAUUUUGCAAAUUUAAAAAUUUAAAUUUUAUAAAAAUCAAAAUUUGCUCAGAAUCAGAUUUGAUUAUUUCACAGCAUACAUGUAACAAUAUGUACAUAUACAUGUAUAUGUAUCACAAAAAAGUUGCAUAAAUGGAGGAUUCUUUCUUUGUGGUUUUAUCAAAAUACCCUGAACUAUAGUACAGACUUCUUGGUUCAAUUUUUGAACAACCUGAUAAUUCACUGACACAAGACUCUGAAUGAUCUCUUACCUCCUCCAGCUAUACGUCAUUAAAUACAUGUACUUCAUAUGAGAGAUCUCUCCCAGUGUAUAUAAGGUAUAAUGAAUUUGUACAUGUACAACAUAUAUAUGCAUGUGUUGUAUUGAAUCUCUAAAAUUUAUGAUUGGUUAAAUUGUGCUUUUAAAUUUAUUGUAUAUGUACAUGUUCAUGCUUGUUUUAUUGUAAUUUCUCAUAUACAUGUACAUUAAGUGAAUAUUAUAAAGCAUUUCAGGAUGACAUGAAGAAGUUGUAUGACAUGGCUAAAGUGAAAAGAGAAAAUUUUGUGUUCCUUUUCACAAGUACACAAUACAUUAUAAUCAUCUACAUGUGUCCUUCUUAAUUCCUCCCUCCUAUGUCUCUGCAAAUUGUUGAAGAGUUUCUUGAAGCAGAAAAAUAUACAAAUUUUGCAAAUGACAAGACGUAAAGCUAAAGAUAAUGGCAUAUCAAUACAAGAUAGGCAUGGACAGUAGUACUGGAGCAUAUGUAUGAAUGAUAAAAUUUUAGAACCAAUUUAAAAAAUCAUCCUUAUACUUUCUUCUAUCUUAAUUGAUUCUCUCUCUCUCCUUCAGGGAUGGUACAUGUGUGUAUAUACUCCUGUUGUCCAUGAGUCCUAGCUGUUUAUGAUACCUUUAGGUCACAUUACAGGAUGUUCCAUUACUAUAGUUAACUGCUAUACCAUUGACGGGUUUAUCAAAUGGCCACAGGAAACACUGCUGUCUGUUGUUGAAACCUUUUUGACAUUGAGAUUGGUUGGUAAGAGAAGGAAGAAGAGAACUCAGUGAAGGAGGGAGUGAGCAAGAAUAUUAAUUAUUAAUUAAUUAUUAAUUGUGUAUUAAUUAUUGUCCUUAUUUAAACAAAGUCUCAGAGAUGUGUAUUGAGAUUAUGCUCACGAGGCUAACUGAGAUUAGUCUUGCCAGCCAACUCUUUGGUGGAAUUAAUAGACAUAUUGUACAUGUACAUGUACAUACAAUUUGUACAAUGAGGCAUAGAUAUUAAUUCACUACUAAUCAUCCCAAUUGCUAAACAGUUCCUCAGAGACUCAAGUUUCAUAAAAAGAUGAUCAGAUAUGACAAAGAUAAUACCCAUAUAUGCCAGACUUCACUCUGAAGAGGCUAAGGCUUGCACUUCAAUAUGUAUGUAGGUGAAAGCAAUGGAUGAAUAUUCCAAGGUUUUCUGGACAAUAGAACCAAAGUUAAAGGUAGCAAGGGGAGAUAAAAUGAUAUCCAAAUUAACAGAUAAGCAAGCUGCCCUGGAGGAAGUAGAAGAAGCUAAGAAUUACAAGCUUCUUAUGAGAAGAGUGUAGUUGAACUAAGAGUACAUAACACCUUAAAGGUAUUAUGUACUCUUGGUUGAACCAAAAGAAUUAAUUAAAAACAUUAGUCAAACACAAGCUAUACUUCAAGGAGCAAACAAACUGACUCUGGUCUAGCUAAAAACACUUUCAAUGGAAUGAAUCACUAAAGAAAUUAGACAAAGAGGUCAGCAGUAAUAUUUUUGUUGUAGAGCCCUGCUUUUGUUGCUUAUUAUGGAGCAUUCACUUCAUACAUAGAAAAAAUUAAUGGUAAAAUGGAUUGAGAGUUAGAUGUUGUCAUGCCAGUCUCAGAUGAUCCUAGCUGCAUAAUCCUUACAAAGUAAGACAAUGGAACUACUGAGAUUUUGAUAUACUUGUUACUAGAGGUAAGUGAUAGCCACCAAUGAUUGACAUCAAGAACCAGAAAUAUGUAAUUUGUAAUACAGUUGUAGAAAUAGGGUGUAGAGAAAGGUGUGUCAAUGUACAUGUACAUGUACAUGUACAUAUGUAUUUAUAAUAACAUCUAGAUUGAGAUUUGAGAGCUAGACCAGCAAAGGAGCAAGUAUGUGUAAUUAUGUACCUAUAUUUUUAAUUUUUGUAUGCAUAUAUUAAACAAAUGAGAAAUUGUAGACAAGGUUAUUUGUUAUUACUCUUUUAUUCUUUGCUAUAGUACGUCAUAUACGUUGUGUCUUAAUAAAAGUGGUAGGACAUUAAGAGUUUAUUUUAAUUACACAAACUAAAGGUCAACUAUCAGUGUAACUGCUAACCAGUUAAAUACUGAAUUACAAAUGCUUUUUCAGUAAAUGACCUGUAUCCUUAUGGUACAGAACAUGGAAACACACAAAAAACUGGAGCUUCUACUUUAUACCUGUAGCACCAUUACUGUGGCCUGAUUUUGGAGCAACUUAAGAAAUUCCUAAAAAAUCCAAUUUUGAUCGGAAUCAGCUCAAACUUUCAAUCUGUUCAAUUUGGCCCUAUAAGAAAAAGGUUAGUACACAAAUAAAUUACACUAAACUCACACACACACACACAAAUUAGUCCUUUAGUUUGCUCUUAUACACUAACCAAUAUCUGUAAUAGGAUAGAUAUAGUGUGAGCCUGUUAAUUAAAAAUGAUGGACUGGUGCUACUGCUAAUAGCAUCUUUUUUGUUUGUAAUAGACAAACAACUAAUAUCAGUAUAAUGGGAUCAGAACUGCUAACAGCAAUCAUAGUAGUAAUAUACAAUAUACUACUAUAAUAAAGUUAGUAUGUAAAGAAAUACACAUACACAUUCAUUAGUGUUUUAGUUUUGAAUUUUGUGUAAUUAUAAACAGUAAAUUCAUUAAUUAAUUUUACUAGCAAAAAAUUGUUAGACAUAGGUUAGAUGCAUUGGCUACAGGGGAAUGCAAAGCCAAGGUAGUGAUAGUAGCUUUUCCAGUUUGCUCUUCUUUUCAAGCAAUUUUAUAGUUCAAUUAUGGUCAUUGGGAUAAUUGAUGAUUCAGUGGUAAUAAAGAGAGCAAUGGAUUAGGUCAAUGUAAUACUUUCUGCAGUGGGCCUCCUACAUAGCGACCUGGAUAGAUUAUCUAAAAACUAACACUCAAGUUAGCUAUAAUUCAAUACAUGUAAUACUGUUUAUAAUAACUAGCUACACUUUAAUCACUUUAAUAUUUUUAUGGGAGUAAUUCCAGUUAGUAGUGUGUCACUAAUGGACACAUUACAUUUGGUGCUGCUCUUUAUUUUGAUGUACACCUUACAACAGCUAAUAGUCUACUGGAAUACAUUUAAAAAAUUAGUGGAAAAUUUGUACCAGCCGAUCCUUUUCUUUUUAUUUGGUACUAAUGCUAUUAAUGCUCUCAGUAUGAUGCUCAAUAGCAACAUACCAGGAACUUACAUGUACAUAUUUUCACUUAAUGAUAUACCAGGUAUAACUAUGUAUAGUAUAUGUAUAGCAACUGCAUAACUCAUAUCUUAUAGAUACUUACAAUUCUCUCUACUUCUCCUGUAAAGCUAUAGACUUGUUUGUGACGCUAGGAGGAUCAAUGGUGAGGACUGAUGUAACAGCUCCUUGUAACAACUACUAACAUUCAAUUUUAUUUUGUUUUUGUUUCAGUAAUUAAUACUGUAAUUAGUUAGUUGCGAGAUAAACAAAUUUACUUUAACAGUA